AAACUAAGACGAACUCGAAACCCAGCAUGUAGGAUAAAGAACAGUAACCACCAACAGUUGAGUACCUAAAGUUGAGCAGAGCCGUACUUUAUAUAAACCUGCGCGUAAAAAAUGCCAAACACCAAAGCUCAUCCUUCUGAAAACAAUUAACGCCGGUGAAACCUAAAAGGUAAAACUCUAAGAAAGCUGUGAGAAAUUGGAAGGGGAUUUUUUUUUUUUUGAAAGAAUAGGACUUUGUAUAAAGAAGCCAAGCGGUGCGGCGAGUAGAACCGUCGCACGGAGGCUGUCGCAACUGCUGUAUCUGAUCCCACAACCACAGCAAACCUACACCACAAAUCAUCGUCUACAAAUCACACAUCAUCUACGAAGAUGAAGGGACUUUUCAAAUCCAAGCCGCGAACUCCCGUUGAUAUUGUACGGCAAACGCGUAAUCUCCUCAUCUACGCCGAUAACUGCACCGAUAGUCGUGAAUCCAAGCGGGAAGAGAAGACGGCAGAGUUAUGUAAGAAUAUAAGGGAGUUAAAGGUUAUUCUUUAUGGAAAUAGUGAAUCUGAGCCAGUCUCAGAAGCUUGUGCACAACUGACUCAGGAAUUCUUCAGGGAGAACACACUACGGCUCAUGAUCACUUGUCUUCCUAAAUUGAACUUAGAGGCGAGGAAAGAUGCAACUCAAGUUGUUGCAAAUUUGCAAAGGCAACAAGUGCAGUCGCGGUUGAUUGCUUCUGAUUACUUGGAGGCGAAUGUAGAUCUUAUGGAUAUUUUAAUAGCAGGUUAUGAGAACACAGACAUGGCUUUACAUUAUGGUGCAAUGUUGAGAGAAUGCAUACGACAUCAGACUGUUGCAAGGUAUGUUUUGGAGUCACAGCACAUGAAGAAAUUUUUUGACUAUAUACAACUUCCAAAUUUCGACGUUGCUGCUGAUGCUGCUGCAACUUUUAAGGAGCUCUUGACAAGGCAUAAGUCCACUGUAGCUGAAUUUCUUUCCAAGAACUAUGACUGGUUUUUUGCAGAAUAUAACUCAAAGUUGCUGGAAUCUAGCAACUACAUUACCAGAAGGCAAGCUGUCAAGUUAUUGGGGGAUAUUUUGUUGGACCGCUCAAACUCAGCUGUCAUGACCAGAUAUGUGAGCUCAAGGGAUAAUUUAAGGAUUCUUAUGAAUCUUCUAAGGGAAUCAAGCAAGAGCAUCCAAAUAGAAGCUUUUCAUGUUUUCAAGUUGUUUGCUGCGAACCAGAAUAAGCCUCCUGACAUUGUUAGUAUACUCAUUGCAAAUAAAAGCAAGCUUCUACGUUUGUUUGCAGAUUUCAAGACUGAUAGAGAGGACGAACAGUUUGAGGCAGACAAGGCUCAAGUUGUGAAAGAAAUAGUUGCCCUUGAGCCUAGAGACCGGCCAUAGUGAGCUCUAGUGUACUGUAAUCUCGUUUUAUUUUAUUUUUUUUAAUGUUAUUAACA